UCACGAUGUCUCGUGUUUUUUAGGGCGAAGGAAAGCGAAAGUCUUUUCUGUAACCCUAAUUCCUCUUCUUGGAUUCUGGGAAUUGGAACUCUUUCAAUGGAGCCUGGUUCAGAAGGAGAAACUAAUCCACGGAAAGUUUCAAAUAAAAACGCUAACAGUUCCAAUGAAGGUUACGUUAAGCCUAAACGACAGAUGAAGACUCCGUUUCAACUCCAAACUCUCGAGGAUGCCUAUGCUAUGGAGACAUACCCGUCGGAAGCGACGCGAGGAGAAUUAUCAGAAAAACUAGGAUUAACGGACCGGCAGUUACAGACGUGGUUUUGUCAUCGGAGAUUGAAAGAAAAGAAAGAAACUCCUUCCAAGAAUCAUCAAAAAGGCACCACGCUGCCUCCGGAUUCUCCUAUUGAUGAUUUCCGGGUUGGGCCAGAUUCAGAAGAGGGGUCCGAGUCUGGCUCAGAUUCUGGAUCCAGUCCGUGUACGGACUUCAGGAAGUUAGGGGGAAGUUCUUCUCGGGGCAUGAUGGAACUCGGAGCAAUUGCUUGCGUGGAGGCACAGUUGGGGCAACCAUUGAGAGAUGAUGGGCCUAUGCUGGGAAUGGAGUUUGAUACUUUACCUCCCGAUGCAUUUGAAGCUAUUCCGGAGCUGCAUAAGAGGUCUGGACAACCUUAUGAGAACAAAAUAUAUGACCUCCACACAAGUAAAGCUGCUGUGAGUGCUAUUCAUGAGUAUCAGUUUCUUCCAGAUCAUUCAAGUCUUAGAUCUGAUGCAUGCGGACAAGUUACUCAUUCUCAUUUUUAUGAAUCACCAGUCAAUGGUACAAGAGCUGGAGCUACAUUAUUUGUGCACGGGGAGGAACCGUUGUCCAGGGUUCAUGGAAUCCAAGGUCAAGGAUCUCAAGCUCCUCUGUUACCUCAACGACACAAUACGGGAACUAUUUCUUUAUCUUCUAAAGUGUCUGAUGAUCCACGAAACAAUAGGAAACGCAAGAGUGAUGAAAAUAGAAUUGCUAGGGAAGUUGAAGCACAAGAUGACGGCAUAUGUAAAGACGUUGAGAAACUAGAUAAUAAAAGGAUAAAGAUUGAAGAAAGAAUGAGAAAAGAAGUUGAAAGGCAUGAGCGUGAAAGAAGGAAGGAAGAAGAGAGGUUGACGCGUGAGAAGCAGCGUGAAGAAGAGAGAUUGCAGCGUGAGAAGCAGAGGGAAGAAGAGAGAUUGCAGCGCGAGAAGCAGCGGGAAGAAGAAAGAAGACAAAAGAUUUUGCAGAAAGAAUAUGUUAGAGCUGAGAAAAAGAGACAAAAGGAAGAGCUUCAAAGAGAGAAAGAGGAGGAGAGACGUCGGGUUGCCAGGGAAAAAGCAACUACACGAAAAAUUGCAAAAGAGUCAAUGGGUCUUCUCAAAGAUGAACAGCUAGAACUCAUGGAGUUUGCUGCUGCUAGCAAAGGAAUAUCAUCAAUCAUUCAUCUUGAUCACAAUAAUUUGAAAAAUCUUGAGUCAUUUAGAGAUUCUUUAAGCCUGUUUCCCCCCAAGUCCGUGCAACUGAAAAGACCAUUUGCAAUUCAUCCGUGGAUUGAUUCAGAGGAGAAUGUUGGGAAUCUUCUCAUGGCAUGGAGAUUUUUUAUUACCUUUGCUGAUGUUCUUAGACUAUGGCCAUUUACCCUUGAUGAGUUUGUGCAAGCAUUUCAUGACUAUGAGUCAAGAUUGUUGGGUGAGAUUCAUGUUGCUCUUCUGAAAUCAAUAAUAAAAGAUAUUGAGGAUGUUGCAAGAAUAAUUGUGACUGGAUUAGGGAUGAAUCAGUACAGUUCUUCCCAUCUUGAAGGUGGACACCCUCAGAUUGUUGAAGGGGCAUAUUCCUGGGGUUUUGACAUCCGCAGUUGGCAGCAUCACUUGAACCCAGUGACAUGGCCUGAAAUUUUCCGGCAAUUAGCAAUAUCUGCAGGCUUUGGACCACAGUUGAAGAAACGAAGUGCUACAUGGACAUACACGGGUGAUAAUCAUCAGGACCUGGAGAGCAAAGGUUGUGAAGAUGUAGUUUCUACUCUACGCAAUGGUGCAGCAGCUGAGAAUGCUUUUGCAUUGAUGCGAAAAAAAGGUCUGUUACUUCCAAGAAAAUCAAGACAUCGUUUGACACCUGGAACUGUCAAAUUUGCAGCUUUUCAUGUUCUUUCACUUGAGGGAAGCAAAGGAUUAACAGUUUUUGAACUUGCAGAUAAGAUUCAGAAAUCUGGACUUCGGGACCUGACAACUAGCAAAAGACCUGAAGCUUGUAUUUCGGUUGCUUUGACGAGGGAUGCAAAGCUUUUUGAAAGAACAGCGCCUUCAACUUAUUGUCUAAGACCUGCAUAUAGGAAAGAUCCUACUGAUGCCGAGGCCAUAUUUGCAGCUGCAAGGAAGAAAAUUCAACAAUUUUAUAGUGCGCUUUUAGGUGGAGAAGAUGCUGAUGAAGUUGAAAAAGAGGAGGUUGAAAGAGAUGAAGACUCUGAAGGUGAUGUUGAUGAGGAUCCUGAAGUUGAUAUUGCUACUACCUCAAAUGCUAACAAAGAUGCUGACUAUCAUAAGGAUGAAGUAAACAUUUGUUCAGGAAGUGAAAAAGUCCAUACUUCAUUAGAUGGUGCAGUAAAUGUUCCCGGUAAAUUUGAUAAGGAUCUUCUAUCUUUCCCUUCAAAUAGCAUGAAGGAUGCCAAUGGUACCAGUAAUACUGCAUAUUGUGUUAUUGGUGAGGAGAAUGGAAAAGGCGAUCCCGAUCAACAGAAUAUUGAAAUUGAUGAAAGCAAGUUUGGUGAGUCAUGGAUUCAAGGUCUUUCAGAAGGUGAAUAUUCUCAUCUUAGUGUUGAGGAGCGCCUUAAUGCCCUUGUUGCUUUAAUUGGUAUUGCAAAUGAAGGGAACUCUAUCCGCACUGCCCUUGAGGAUCGUUUGGAAGCAGUGAAUGCUCUUAAAAAGCAAAUGUGGUCUGAGGCUCAGCUAGAUAGAAGCCUUGUGAAGGAAGAAACCAUUACUAAAGUGGAUUUUUCAUCUGUGAUAGGAAUGAAGGCCGAAGCUCAUUUGCCUAAUUAUCUUAUGGAGGGCAGUCAAAGACAAUUUCCUCCUGCUGAUAAUAAACAUGAUGAGUUAUCUCCAAGCAAUCCAGAAGACCAAAAGCCCUUGCUAUGUUCUCAAAAUUUUCUGAAUGGCCUCAAUAGGUAUCCUGCGGAAAGGACUUUGGUACUUCAAGAGGCUUCAAUGGGCACAGAUGGCUUUUCUGCUCAGCAGCACGGUUAUGCUUUGAAAAGAUCACGCUCACAGUUUAAAUCAUACAUUUCCCACAGAGCAGAAGAGAUUUAUGCAUACAGGUCUUUGCCUCUUGGCUUAGAUCGUAGAUGUAAUAGAUACUGGCAGUUUGUUGCUUCUGCAUCUAAAAAUGAUCCUUGUGCUGGCCGGAUAUUUGUUGAAUUACAUGGGGGAGUUUGGAGGGUGAUUGAUUCUGAAGAGGCCUUUGAUGCUCUCUUGUCAACUUUGGAUGCACGAGGAAUCAGAGAAUCCCAGUUAAAGAUUAUGUUGCAAAAAAUUGAAACUUCCUUCAAAGAAAAUGUUUGCAGGAACUUACGGUGUGUAGCAGCUAUUAACCGAAGUGGAAACUCCACUGAGAAUGAGGCUUCUGAAAUAGAUUACAGUCCUGACUUUCCUGCCAGUUUUGACAAUGCUAGUGAUGCUAUCUGUGGGUUGAACUCUGAUGCGUCAGAGGCAUUAUCUUCUUUCAAAGUUCAGCUUGGAACAAACGAAAAUGAGAUGAAGUCAGCCUUGAAUAGAUACCAGGAUUUCCAGAGGUGGAUGUGGAAAGAAUGUUUUAAUUGCUCAACUUUGUGUGCCAUGAAAUAUGGGAAGAAAAGAAGUGUGCAGCUGUUUGUUGUUUGUGAUGUCCCAGAGGAGAUGCACUGUUUUCACUGUCACCAGACUUUUGGCUCCAUUAUCAAGAGUUCUAAUUUCCCGGAACGUAAGUGCAAUGAAACCAAGAAGUUAGGCAACGAGUAUACUUGUACUCUUGAUUCCUCUAUUCCCUCUGGAAUUAGCUUGCUCAAGUCCUUGUGUGCUAUAGUUGAGGUAUCUGUUCCGCCAGAAGCCCUUGAAUCAAUUUGGACUGAAGGCCAUCGAAAGAUUUGGGGCAUGAAACUGAAUGCUUCUUCUUCUGUGGAUGAAAUCCUGAAGAUAUUGACUCACCUUGAGAAUGCCAUAAAGCAAGAUCAUUUAUCACCUUUCUUUGAGACAACAAGGGAAUUAUUGGGUUCUAAUCUUGAGUCAGAGAGUGAUUUUACCGAUUCUAUCCUCCCAUGGAUACCCCAAACUACUGCAGCUGUAGCUUUAAGGCUUCUGGCGCUUGAUGCAUCCAUCAUGUAUAUAAAGCAGGAGAAAGUUGAACCAACUGAGAACAAGGAAGCUAGAACAUAUAUAAAGCUUCCUUCAAGAACCUCUCUUUUCAUCAAGAACAAAGGGCCUGUAUCGAAAGAACUGGACCAAGAUGAGCCUAUGAGAGAAGAAAACUUUGCUGACCUGAGUAACAGUAAGCGCAACAAAUAUAAGCGGGGAAGAGGGGGUCGUGGACAAGGAUCUGGUAAAAAGUCGAAGAGGAGAGCCUCUAAUUCCAAACAUCUUACUAGCAAGCAAAGUACUAGAGAAAAGAAUACUUUGAAUCCCCACCUGAAACAACACGACCAAAGACUUGGUAAGAAUUCUGUAAAUCGUUGCCGAACAGUUGGAAAGAGAACAGAAAGGAGAGCUUCUGGUAAUACAAUGGUGGCUUCUACGAGUGGUGUGAUUAAACCUAAGGCCAGUAAUGUAUCUGUUGCAAGAGACUUGGAUGAAGAUUGGAGAGCUGAAAGAUUCAAAAUGAUGCAAGUGGUAAAUCCUCCUGAUAGUAACAGCAUGGAAGAGGAGUCGGAUGAUAAUGCCCAAGGUGAUGGCUAUGAGCAAGGAAACUGUGAGCAGGAUCUUAAUGGUGCUUGUAACGACUGGAAUGGAGGAUCAAUGGAAGCUUCUGAUGAAGAUGACGAUGCAUAUGAAGAUGAUAAUGGCAUUAAACUGCAAGAAGACAGAGAAGAUUUAGAUGGAGAUUUGGAGAUCAGUGAUGCAUCGGAUGAAGUAGCGGAUGAUGAUGGCUAGGAGUUCACAACUCUGGAAGGGAGUGAUUAGUAUGUUACGUUGGAGUUGCAUCAAGGUUUUCAUUUGAAGUUGCAGCUUCAAAGGUUGGCAGCUCGGCCACUUCCUUUACGGCCGUGAUGGCCGAGUAGAAGCAGACUUCGAAUGCAAUCGAUGCAAAAGGAUUGGCACAGCUUCAGGGGAUGAUCAUUGAGAAAUCCCAUUGAGGUACCCUUUCCUUUUCAUAUGCAUUUUUCCUUCUUUCUUGAGAAUGGAAAGUUUAUUUCAACCCAUUCAAAUCUUAUC